CCAAACCCAGAAGGCCUGCUGCCGGUAAAACCAAGGUCUUGGGGCCUACCCCAAUCAGCCCCUCCGAAAGUCCUUUGCUUUUGGCCUGGAGUCAUAGGACAAAGGCCAGCCAGGGGGCGUCUGCAGGCGCACGGAACCAAAAAUGGCGCUCGACGAGCUUGGUUCAAUCGGCAAAUUGAACUGGGCAGAUGAACUAGAUGAAUUGGACAAGACGCGUGAGGCGGAAGAGGCUCUGAAGCCGCCGGAGCCGCCGCGCCCGCCGCCUCGGCCCGCCUCGACCUCCUCGGGUCCGCCCGCAUCCUUCGGUUUGAGCCUGGGCGGUGUGCCCUCGGACUUUGCGCCGGAGGAUGUGGAGCGCAUGAUGCAGGACCUGUUGCCGCACGUGCGGGUGUUGCGGCUGCAGCGCGUGCCGGGCCCGGUGGUGUUUGAGCUGGAGCUGACCAGCCGCGAGGACGUGGACACCGUGUGCCGCCGCUUCAACGGGAUGGAUGUGGAGGGCUGCCGCAUGUGGGUGCAGCCGGCGGAGUCACACGGCGGGCCGUACUCGGGCUACGGACCGGGAGGCGGGUACGGCGGCGGCGGACCCCGCGGCCGGGCGCCGUCCGGGCCGUACCCCCCUUCGGGCGGGUACGACGACCGGGGCGGGCCGUACGGCGGCGACCGCGGCGGGCCGUACGGUGGUGGCGGCGGCGGCGGGCGCGGUGGCUACGGCGAGCGGGGGCCGUACGGCGGGCGCGAGGGGCCACUGGCACCCCACAGCAGCUUCCCGGGGCCACACAGGGAUGCAUCCUUUGGACGCGGCAGCCGGGGGCAAGGCGGGCCGUACGGCGGUGGCGGCGGCCGGGGCGACCGCGGUGACCGCGGCGGUGGCGGCCCCUACGGCGGCGGCCCCGGCGGCCCGCCACCGGGCCGCGGCGGCUCGGCUUACUCGCUGGACCCGCGCUUUGAUGACCCCUACGGCGCCCCGCCCGGCCGGCGCCACGGCGGCGGAGACGACCGCUGGGGCCGCGGCCCGGGCGGCGACCGCGGCGCCGACAUGCCGCUGGGCCCACGCGCCUCAGCGCCCAUGCCGCCGCCGCCGCCCCCGCCGCCGCCCGGCGGCGCCGCCGCCGGCCCCGGCGAGCGCGGCUCUCUCCCCAGCUCCGUGUCCCAACCGGCCCUGCCCUUCAUGGAUGGCGACCGGCCACGUCUGAAGCUGCACCCGCGCUCGAGCACACAGCUGGCGACUGCGCCGUCGACCGAGUCUGCGGCCGGGCCGGAAGCGGAGGGCGAGGGCGAGGGCCGCCGGGCGCGCGCGUCGGCCGGCAGUGAAGGGCCAGCGGCGGAGGGGCCUGCCUCCACCUCUGCCGCCCCCAAGCCCAAGUCCAACCCCUUCGGCGCGGCGCGGCCGGUGGACACACUCUCCAAAGAGCUGGAGAUCGCCGAGCGGCUAGCCAAGGAGAAGGCGGCCAUUGUGGCGGCGGCCGCGGCGGCCGCGGAGGCGGCGAAAGCCGCCGCCGCCGCCGGCGCAGCCGGCGGCCCUGGUGGGCAUGGCGGCGUGCCGCCGCCACCCGUACCCGGCAUGGGUAUGUCAGGGCCGCAGCCGCCGCCAGGUGCACCCGGCGGCAUGCGCGGCCCGCCGCCGCCGCCGCCGCCUCCGGGGAUGAUGGCUGGGCCGCCGCCGCCGCUGCCGGGCGCGCCUGGCGGCCUGCAGGUGCCGCCGCACGGCCAGCCGCACGGGCCGCCGCACAUGCCUGUAGCGCUGCUGGGUCUGUCGCCGCCGCCGCUGGCGGCAAUGAUGGGCAUGGAGUUCGGGCACGGCAUGGCGGUGGGACCCAUGGGACCCAUGGGACCCAUGAUACCGCCGCACCACAUGAUAGAACCGCAGCCGCCGCCGCAAGGCGCCAUGCCGCUGCCGCCAGGGCUGACGGCGGCGCCGCCGGGCUCCAUACCUGUCGGCAUGGCGCCGAUGGGCAUGCCCAUGGGUGGGCCGCCGCCGCCACCGCCGCCGCCAGCGCCGAUGCCGAUGCCGGGCCAGCCGCCGCAGCCACCGCAGCGCGGCCCCGUGCCGCAGCAGGGGUCUCCCGGGGCGCCGUACGGCAUGAACACGCCCGUUCACAUCCUGCAGCGGCCACGCGGGCCGACGGGCGAGGGUGACGCCGCCGUGGCGGAGGACGCAGCGCUGACGCGCGCGGCGGCGGAGCAGGUGGGUGCGCGGCGGCAGGCCAACGCGGCGGCGGUGCACGCAGCUGCGGCGGCGCAGGCGUCGGCGGCGGCGGCCGCCGCUGUCAAGGUGGCGUCGGCGGUGGCGGCGAUGACGCUGGCGCCCGGCAACGGCGUUGAGGGCGGCGAGGGGAAUGACGGGGAGGGGGAUGAGGAGUACGGCGAGGAUGAGGAAGGCGGCGACGGCGAGGAUGAGGAGGAGUUUGUGGAUGCGCAGGAGCAUCUGGCGCCCUCGGACAGCUCGGCGGGCUCGGAGGGCGCCUCUGCGGCGGCGGCCGCGGCAGCGGCGGCGGCGGCGGCGGGCCUGGCCGGCUCGGGUCGCGACGGCGGCGGCCGGGGCGGCCGCGGCGGCCGUGGAGGCCGAGGUGGCCGGGAGGGCGGCCGCGGCGGGCGCGAGGGCGGCCGCGGAGGCGGGCGGGAAGGCGGCGGCGGACGUGGCGCUGGCCGGGGAGGCCGCGGCGGGCGAGGCGACGGCGAGGGCCGCUUUGAUGACGCGGACGGCGGCGGCCGUGGCGGCCGUGGGGGCCGGCGGGGCGAGGGACGCGGCGAGGGACGUGGGGAGGGCCGCGGCGGGCGUGGUGGGCGCGGUGGCCGCAGUGGCGGCGCCGCGGUGGGUGCCGGCGACGAGGCAUCUCACGCGCUCUCGGGCGCGGCGGGCGGGCCGCGGCGGCAGCCCUCCCAGGGCGGCAAGCACUCGCCGCACUCGGGCGAGGGCGGCGCGCCGCAUGCGGAGGGCGGGCACGGGCACGCGCACGGGCAAGGCGGCCACGCGCACCCUAGUGAGGAGCGGCCUCACCGCGAGGGCGGGAGAGGCGGCCGCGGCGGCCGCGGGGAGGGCCGCGGGGAGGGCCGCGGAGAGGGCGGCGGCCGUGGUGAGUCAUCCGGGCGGGGCGGCGGCCGCGGUCGCGCCAGUGAGGGCGGCGGUCGUGGCCGGGGUCGCACGGACGGCGGCGCGCACGAGGCGGGUCACGGGCACGGACACGCACAUGGGCAUGGGCAUGGUGAGGGCGGCAAGGAGGGCGGCGCGGCGCCGCCAGCGGCGGCGGCAGGGCACCAGCAGCCGGCGCACGGCGGCAGGGGCGGCCGCGGCGGCAGCGGCGGCGGCGCGGAUCACGGCGCGGGCGGCCGUGGCGGCACCGGUGGCGGCGCCGGGCCCAAGUCUGGCGGCGGCGCGGGUGGUGGUGGUGGCGGCAAGGGCGCCGCGGCGGCUGCUGCGGCUGCGGCUGCGGCUGCAAAGGAGUCCAAGGGCCAGGUGCUGUACAAGAAGCACAUAGAGCACCAGGGCGUCAAGCCCACCACCACCUCCAACCUGUUCGACCUCCUCAACAACAUGGGAGACGAUUGAGCGCAGGAGGCUGUCGAAGGGCCGUCGAAGGGCCGUCGAGGGGCUGUUGAAUGGAAGCGCGCAAGAGGAGGAAGAGCUGAAGCUAUGGGUGGACAGGGAGCGUGGCUGAAGUGGCAGAUGGGGCCGGCGGGGGGCGGGAUGACUGGCAAGCGGAGACAGAUGGAAGCAAGCCAGAAUGCAACGGGGCGUGUGGUGUGGCGGCGGCCAGGUGGCCCGAAGAUGUGGAACUGGGCCUGUGCAUUUGUGUGUUUCAUGAAGGUUUGUGUCUUGCUAUGUGUGUGCUGGGGCUGCAGGAUGUGGCGGGCUCUUACGGGCGGGUGGGCGGGUACUGCGGCCAAUGCGUGUGUGUUUCAUGCGAGUUGCUGGACGUGGGGAGUCGUAGAUAGCUAAGCAGGCCCGUACUGCGCUAAGGCUAGACACAACGGAAUCGACAGGUAGCUUCGUAGCUGUGGGUCCUGUUGCUGCCUGUGUGGCAAAGGCUUGGUUCUCUGUCCAGUGGUCAGGUGGUGGUCGACGCAGUGGUGUUGGACGCAGUUGGCGUGUUCGGCCCUCGCGUCAUCCGCUGUUGUGGCGUGUGGUGGUGAUGGAACUGGGCACACGAGGAACCGGUCGAUGUAUGUCGAUGUAUGUGUGUGUAUGUGUGUAUGUGUGUGCUUAUGGGGCGGGUGGGACGGACGACUGGGGGCGCGGGGCCGGGCCCGGAGCGGACGUCUGUUGCGCGCCGUGGGGCAGUGGGCCAAACAGGUUGGGGGGUGUUGCAGCACGGGUUGCCAGAGGGGGCGACGUUCCUGUUACUACCAACUUCAAAGGGAAGGCGAUGGUGGCACCUGGCAAGCGCGCGGGUUCAUGCGUGGCGAAGUUGGGGUGGGUUGGUCGUGCACAGCUUGCGUUCGUGUCUGGGGUGUCCGUGUGCGGCGCCCAUACACGCGUGUUCCUGUGCUGGAACUUGGCAGCCUUGGCGCAGGACGGUGCGGCGCCUUGGCCCAUGCCGCACUGGGCGCUCCACUGAAAGGUACCGUAAGGC